CCGAGGUAAACUUGGGAGGAGUUUAAAAAAUUCAAAGACGGGAAGACCAGAUCCAUUCGUUCUGAGCGGUGUUAUCUCUACAGUGCAUAAACGGGCGGACAGGAUUUAGUCGAGCUCGAACAGGUUUUGCCGGAGCUGGUUUUCGCCUUAAAGCUGAAUACAGGGCGGGGUCUUUUUCAGUAACAGGAAUGUAACGCUGCGCGACGUUGGAGAGGGGGAAAUGAGUUUUCCGAGGGUUAAAUAAAAAACGGUUCAAACGGCGACUACGAAUAGCCACCUUAUUAAAGACUCAAAGGUAAGACAAAAUCGUGCCCCCUACUCCAUCAUGGCCCAUCGCUCCCAGUGUUCUGAUGUGGGAAACAACCCUCUGGAUCCUAAUUAUUUGCCACCGCAUUAUUGUGAAGAGUACAGACUGGCUAUAGAUGCUCUGGUGGAAUGUGACAUUGAGGGAUACUAUAGCUUUCUGCAAAAUGCUAAUGUAGUUGACUUCCUGUCAAGGUCCGAGAUUGAGCACAUUAAAAGUACUGUGAAGUUGCCACAAAGUACUGCAUCAAUACCAGAGCUGCCUUACUGUGAUGUGGAUCAAGAUGGCUCGUCAGAUACUUACUGGCCCCUGCACUCUGACUUGGAUGCACCAGGUUUGGAUCUAGGUUGGCCAAUGCCACAGCACAGUUUUGUAGGGCCUACUGAGGUCACAACAUUAGUAAACCCCUCAGAUCCUGAAAUGCCCAGCAUCAAGGAGCAGGCCCGACGGCUCAUUAAAAAUGCACAGCAGGUCAUUGCAGUGGUAAUGGAUAUGUUUACAGAUGUUGAUAUAUUUGCUGAUCUGCUUGAUGCUGCUACACGUCAUGUGCCUGUGUAUAUUCUCCUGGAUGAACAAAAUGCCCAUCACUUUACUGCCAUGGUGACCAGCUGCAAAGUUAACCUGGAUGUGAUACAUAUGAUGCGGGUGAGGACUGUGGCUGGCAUCACAUAUUUUUGUCGCACAGGAAAGUCAUUUAAAGGACAGGUGAUGGACCGCUUCCUUCUAGCUGACUGUAGGGCAGUGCUCAGUGGAAACUAUAGUUUCAUGUGGUCUUUUGAGAAAAUACACCGCUGCAUGGCCCAUCUGUUUCUUGGGGAACUUGUGGCCUCUUUUGAUGAAGAAUUCCGUAUUCUCUUUGCUCAGUCACAGCCACUUGUUGUUGAAAAUGCCUUGGUACCUAUGCCACCUGACAACAUGAGUAAUUACUUAAGUAAUCAGUUUGGAAUAAAAAGGACCCAGUCACUAAGGAACCCCCGUGGAUAUCUUCGCCAUUCUGAGCUCUCCACAUACCCCUUUGGAGACCGCACUGACACUGCACUACCUUUCCGUAGGGAUGACCCAUUUCGCCACACUAUGGAGCCUGGUGGGACUGGUUUGUCUUUGCAAGUGAACAAAUUCAGAAUGCAACAGUCUUUCUUGGAGCAGGGUCGGUCAAUGGUUUCUUCACGUCAGCUAGAGAUGAAUGCCUAUAAAAGGCACAGCUAUGCUGAAGGCACCCAUGAGAGCUACUCCUCUUCUCGACAGUACAUGAAACAUCGUGUCAUGAACAACUUGGAGGAGAUGGAAUCAAAUUACCGGAGAGAACAAUAUUUUUACCAAGGUGAAGGACAAGGACCAGAAAUGGGACGUUACGACCCCCUUCGGAGCUAUGGUCUUCACCAACUAGACCAAUCUUCUGACCCUGUGUAUCCACCUGAACUUGAAGCACCAGGAUGCCACAAUGUCUUAUCCUCAGAAGAUCUCAGCCAUGAUCCAGGAAACAAGCAUCACCAAGGUGGCCUUCACUAUGGACCACAAACCCAGAAAAGGCCCACUGUAGGCCAAGCAUAUGCUUGUCAGAGCUCACCUACUCAACUUCAUCCACCAGACCAUAAGAUGAUGUUUCCCUCUGGAGAGCAGGGGAGACAAUCCCAAGACUCUAGUGUGAAACAGGGAUUAAGAAGCUGGAGAAUCAAUUCUUACCUUAGCACUUGUGAAGAUACUGGAGAAGAGGGCAUGCAACAGCCUAUGGGUGCAGAUGCCUUUGAAGAACCACAACAACAAUCUGAACUGAAACCAUUCUACCCAGAAGCACCAGUGGGUCGCUUCAACAGCAAAGAGCUACCCAAUAUUCAAAGUACACCUAAACUUGAUAUACGGCCUCGCUUUGGUAAACCUGUUUUACCAGAGAAGCAGCAAGAAAAAGAUGUAAACACUGAACAGGCUUCUACAGGAACAGAUUUACAAAUCAAACCAACUACUUCAGCUACAUCACAGACACCAGAAGGAACAGACAGUGAAAGAGAGACCGAUUCAAAAGAAACAAAGGAGUUCAGCAGCAAGCAUGAACCAUUCCGGAGCCGUAUUAACCCAAUGCUGCAAAGGAGCUCACGACUUCGUUCAUCUCUCAUCUUUAGCUCAUCUCAGCUAGAGCAACACAGCUCCAUGCUUAAUCCUGGGGGGAAGCUACAACAGGAUGAGGAAAACAACUCAAUUAGAACCUCUUCCAUUGUAGCAGAGAUUUUGGAAAAGAGAAGGUCACUCUCUAGGGAGCCUUUUGAUUGGAGUAAACAUAAAAGCUCAGAUGAAAAAGACAAUAAGGGUUUGAUUUCAACAGAUAUAACUUCUAAAGUACAGGAGAUCUUUGCAAGGGACACUAAAGACAAUUCUACCAAAGAUAAUAAGGAGGAACCCAAGCCUUCUGUGUCUGAGGAUCGAGACAUUACAGUGCAAACAAAACCUGUAAUUCCAACACUCAUAACCCCCGCCCUAAAUAUGAAUGAUCCAGCAAGCCGACUUCAGUAUUUUAAAGAACUGUCGGCAAAGAGAAAGGACCCAAAAAUAGGAACAGAGUCUCUUAUCAAAAGUCAGGAGCCACCCUCAAAAAAGCCUGACCUACCCAAUAUUCCACAAAGUCCUGUUAACACAGUUUCAGUUGUUCCAGCUGUUCCCCCUGCAGAACCAACCCCAGCAUCAACAAUGCAAACAGAUCUUGCUAAAAAGCCCCCAGUAGUCACAACAAAGUUUCAAUCUUCUGGUCUUAGUUCAGACAAAACACAUAGGGAUAACUCAGUGCUAAAGGAGGAGUCCACAGAAACAGCAAAAAAAGAGCCAUCUAAGGAAUCAAAGUCACUAAAGCCCAUUCCUUCACCCAAGUUCUUCAAAAGAGAUCACCUGAAACCUUUCAAAAGUUCUCACUCACGUCAUACAUCAUGUGGUGAAGACAUUCUUACAGAUGCAACAGAUGCCGAAAAAAGUGAACUUAAGAAGUCUCGAAGCCUUAGCAUAUCAACCAUGCCACACACAGAGUCCAAGGCAAAUCUUAGCUUGAGUCGACAUGGCUCCAACAGCUCCCUCAACCUUAUGAGCUCAGAGAGCAAGGACACAAAGCCUCUUGAUUUCUUUAAGAAGCAUACUCAGAGACUUAAGGGUAUGCUUGGGACAAAGGGUGAGAAAAAGAAUGCAAAUCCUGUAGAAGACAAGCAAAUGAAAACUGUUCCAGAGAAUGUAGAAGAGUCUUCUUCCAUUGGGAAAGAAACCCAACCUGAAUUAACAUCAGCAUCUGAAAAUCCUAAAUCCACAAAUAAAUCCAAUCAGGCUCGCUAUCAGUCCUCUACCUCCACUGCCCUAUUCAGUAGCAACCUCAGGGAUGAUACUAAGGUAAUCCUUGAGCAAAUUUCUGCAAACAGUCAAAAGAAUCGACAAGAACUGACCAAACCAUCUGAAGAGACAGAAAUCUGUGAAAGGGAACAUGGAGUUAAUGUUUCAAACUUGGAUCACCAGGCAACCUCACGAUACCAAAGCCGAAACAGGUUUGGUAGACCUCCAGUCAAUCCUCAGGAGCGAGACACUCUGCUGAAGAGAAUAGAGAGUAUGCGCAAGGAGAAGAAAGUCUACAGUCGCUUUGAGAUGGGGAAUAACCUUGGAUAACAAAACAUGGUGGAGGGGGCAUAAAGUCUGCGAAAAAAGACCUUAGAAAAUUCGAAAAAGUGCCAGUCACUGAUGGGGAAAAAAAGACAUAGAACCUUCAAAAAAAAAGAGCAUGGAAACAGCAUAACCUCAAAUAUGAGGUGGUUCACUGAAGCGGGAGGAAUAUCCCUCAGACUGUGCCAAUCUGAGCCUACAGUCUCAUGUUGCCCUUUUACAGCAGUAGUGCACACUUCCUUAUAAAAGAAAUCAAAUGUUAUCCCUGCUGAAAAAAACAACAAACAACAAAACAAGGCCAAACAAGUGUCGGAUAUUUUAAGUUUCUAUACUUUCUACCUGGACCAACGUUUCUUAGUGAUAUGUAUUUAGAUGUAAUGUAAGGGCUAUUUUUUUUAAUGAAUGAUCAAUAUUGCCCAUUUUUAAGUGUGGUACAGCAGGCUAACAUGCCUAGACAGAAGGUUAUAGCAUGGUAUGCAAAAAAAACCAAAAACAUUUUCUAAUAUGCAUCAUGCAAGUGCCACACCUGUGAGCUUAGCUGUGCCAGUGGAACACAGACAUUAAAAAGACCAAGCAAAGUUGGUUAGGACAAACCUCAGUUUGAGGAAAACAAGGCAAUUUUAGAAUGUAGAAGUGAAUGGCAUUAGAGGUAAAAGAGACUGGGGAUGUGAGUGGAAAAUUUCAAAGCAGGACAUUGAUAGCAAGAGAGACUGGAAAAUGUGUAGGAAAAGAGUUGUUUAUGGUUUGUUUUUAUUAAACUCACAAUUAAGAUGCAACCAAGAACUGAUUUGCAGCAUACAAUUUUGCAAAACACAUUUUCAGCAUUUUUGCAGAUAAACUGAAGUAUUUAUGAGCUUCAGUGCUCUUCUUAAGUAUAGGAACAAUAUACUAUUUUUUUAAUAUAUAUUCAACCUCCAUUGAUUUAUGAUAAACACAAUAUGAUUUUUCAUAUUUGGGUCUUUCUGAAUAUGUUUUUAUCAUUGUUAUUAUAUGUCUGCUUGAAUACUUAUGGAGAGCACUUAUGAAUAUAAAAGUAGAAACUGACAUUUUUUAAUUAACCAGGCAAUUACAAAAUAAUAGAUGGUUAGUUAAUAAUUACUAUCUCAGGGCUGGGCUUGGGCUCUGUUAUAUCAAAGCAAAGUUAUUAUGGUACCAGACUGACUGGUAGUACUGAAGACCAAAGAACUCCCAAAGCAUUCAACCAGGUGCAUGCUGUAAUAGACUAGAUUUUUGCUAAAGUAUAUCAAAUUUCCCUGGUGAUUAUUUGUUGGUUAAUGAUGAGGAAAGCGACUUUUGUCAUCUUGAUAUAUUCGGUGUGAGAAAUUCAGUCAAGCAUUUUGUACAUUUUGUAUAAUGUCAACAAAUAAAGAAAUUCUGAACUGAUAA